UAACUUUGAUACACCAGAUGAGCAACUUCAGAGUGUCUUCAGAAGCUUCCACAGCCAUGAGCAAGUUCCCAUGGGCAUCCAAGAAUGUUAUCUUCAGUUUCUCAAGAACACAUUGCAGAACAUUGAAUCGAGCAUCUUCCUAAAUGAACAGGAAAUGGAGAUAGCAAAGACUUCUCAGCCUAAUGACUUUAUUUUGUGUGAGCAGCAGUGGACUGAGAAGGAUGGUUUCUACUUGGUGCAUUGUCUAAAGAUUCCCAGGAGACUGUUUUCAGUGAAGGUUCACAGAGGGGAUUCAGUAUCAGACUGCACCAUGUCCAUGCCACAUCCUAACAUUGAGCAAAGGUUGGUCCAUUUUCCACAGUGCACAGCUACGGAUCAAACUUACACCUCACAGCAUGCUCAGACAACUCCAGAGCCUUCACAUGGGGACACCACUGAAGUAUGCCAACAGCAAACAGUUUCUGAUCUUCUGGAGAAAGGUGUUAGUGUGACUGUGGUAAGAGACUUUCCAUUGGGAACACUGGAGGACUUUGUUGAGGAAGGACACUCUUUGCACUCAACCCUUCCUGAGGUUUAUGAGAGGAGGCUUUGUAUUCUUGCCCUCCAGUUGGUGCUAGGACUACAGCAACUGGGACAUUUUAAAGUCAUUAACAGGCAAAUGAAACCACAGAGUGUGACAUUGGUGUGGCCUAGUAUCAUGCGCAAAGAGGCUGACUCUAAUGAUUACCCUAGCGAGAUGAAAAGAGGAAGCAUGAAUACAGACACUUUUAAAGGUAUACCCAUGAUCACAGUAUCCAAAGAGCAAACAGACAACGAAAGGACGAAAAGUGAGAUUUGUCAAACCUCAUGGGAGAAGUGGGGCACACCUCGUUUGGUCCUGAAGAGCCAUUUUGAGGAUGAAGUUUUGCAAGAAGCAAAAUCCCAAGAGUUCCAGUUGGGGACUUUGCUGAGGUACUGCCUACAUCUCAACGACAGUUGCUCAUCUGUGUGGAAGGUGCCUCAAGGCACUCCAUACACUCAAGGCUUGCAGUGGCUGGUCACCCAGCUUACAUCUGAGAAACCUGGGCUACUAUUAGCCGAUGUGGUGGGUGUCCUCCAGGCUCUGCUUUGGGGUCCUCGACAGAGACUCUUUCAGCAGAACCAAAUGGAGAACUCUGUGCUUUCUAAUUGGCUACUACUUAAACGAUCUCUUUUGGUUCUCAAGCUUGCCGAAAAAGGACUCUUUCAGGAUCAGCCUGGCUUGGACUGGGAAGACUAUCUCUGUCUGCAAUAUCUAUCCCUUACUGACCCAGAGACUAUGCAUAGCAUAACUGAACGUUUGGGCCUUCAUGACUUCAUUACACCUGCUUAACAGAUAAAAAUGUAAAUAGUAAUGACAGCAAUUGUGAGUUAGUGAGCCUCAGAUUUAACUAAUCUAUUCUUUGUAAUGUCACUGAUAUGAUGUAAAAGAACAGUUUUAAUCCUAAUAACAGAUCAUCUUGUCCCAUAUUUGUAAUUCAUAUUCAUGAGCUGCUGUAUACUUCAGGAGCCCUGCACAACACACAGAAAAAUCUAGAUAUCGU